AUGGUCCUGUCGAGCCUCGCGCGUCGGUCGACGCGGUGGAACCGUGCGGCAGCAUCCCCGCUUCUGCGAGAGGCCCUGGCGUCCCUCAACCUCGAGGCGACCAGCAUGGACGCGGAGACCGCUGUGGUUCUGGCAGAGGCGCUCAUGGCACCACACGCGCCUCCGAUCUCGGAGCUGGACCUCUCCUGCAACGAGCUCGCCGACGCGGGCGCCAGCGCGGCGGUGGCACUGGCGUGCCUUGCUCGGCGGGGUGUGCUGCAGGUGCUCCGCCUCAACUCCACCGCCCUCGGGGACGCGGGGGCCCGCGAGCUGGCCUCCGCCCUGGACCCGGAGGCGCCCGGGUCUGCCUACGCAGGCAUCGAGGGCUGCGUCCGCGGACCUGGCUGGACGUGGCUGAGCGUAGUUGGGCGUAGCGGGGCGUAG